AUGGGUAGGACGCUCCUCGAGAGCUCUUUCUUCGCUCGAGAGCUCAACGAAGGCAACUGGGGCUGGCAGCGAGUGAUGUUCGACCUAGCGGACCGGGACAUCGAGGAGAUCAAAAUCUCGCCGGGCAUCAUGCUGCUGGAGGGGGAGCCGCUGCUCAUCAUCGACCUGCUGUCGAACGAGACCGUCACCGUGCCGCAGGAGCGCUUCCAGACGCCGUUCGCCUUCAUCUUUUUGUACGAGCACCAGUGCUUCCUCUCCUUUCGCGACUCUGAGGUGCUGCUCUGGAACUUCCGUGGCGAGAAGGUGACGACGUUCGCGGACCACAAGCUGUGGUUCCCCGCCGCGGUGCACGACCACACCUCCAUCAUCUUCAUCACGCAGACGCAGGACGUCAUCAUCUCCCUCUGCAACAACGGCCUGCUGCCAAACGGGAUACACGACGUCAAGAUCCACUGCCUCGCCAAGGUGAACUGGCACGACCGCAAUAACCAGUGCGUCACCGCGAUCAGCUACAACGAGGUGCGCGGCGAGCUGGUGGUCGGCGACGAGAUCGGCUGCAUAUGGAUCUGGUCAGCAUGA